AAGCGAUUUGUACCUGAAUCCCCCCUCCAUUCUAUUUGUCUUUCCGGUGGAUGGGUUUAUGGGUUCCAUAGCAAUCGCGUCUAAAUGCUCGCGCCGUCACCGCCGUCGUCCACCAGACGCCGCCUUACUUCUCUCCUCCAUGGUUGUACAUCCAUGAGAGAGCUGAAGCAGAUACACGCCCAGAUCACGGCGUCAGGCUUCUCCGGCGACGACCACCUACUCUCCAAGUUCAUCCUUUUCUCCGCCGUCACCUCCGAUUCUGGCGAUCUCGACUGCUCCUACCGCAUCUUCCAAACCAUACCCACCCCUUCCGUCUUCUCCUACAACUCCCUCAUCCGUCAUUUCUCUGGAUCCAACAACCCCAACCGCUCGCUCUCCCUCUUCGUCCGCAUGCUCCGCGCCGCCACGCCGCCUGACCACUUCACCUUCCCAUUUCUCGCUAAGUCAUGCGCCCGCAUGUCCUCCCUCACCUUAUCCACCUCCGUCCACUGCCAGGCUGCCAAGCACGGCCUGGAAUCCGACCGCUUCGUGUCCAACUCCAUGAUUCACAUGUACGGGGCCUGUGGCGACGCAGUCUCCGCGCGCAGAGUGUUCGACGGAAUGCUCCAGCCGAACCUCGUCUCCUGGAACUCCCUUCUCGACGGCUACGCCAAGUGCCGAGAUCUAGUUGCUGCGCGGGAGGUGUUCGACCGAAUGCCGGAGCGGGACGUGGUGUCCUGGAGCGCGAUGAUCGACGGGUACGUGAAGGGCGGCGAGUACAGAGAAGCGCUGGUUCUGUUCGAAGCAAUGCGUGCUCGGCCUACGACGCCAAAGGCCAACGUUGUCACCAUGGUCAGCGUGCUGUGCGCAUGCGCGCACCUGGGGGCUCUCGACAAGGGCAGGGAGAUGCAUGGUUACCUGAAGGAGAACGGAUUGCGCUUGAGCCUCGCACUGGCGACCUCCCUGGUCGACAUGUACGCCAAGUGCGGAACCAUCAGCGAAGCCGUGAGAGUGUUUCGCGGCGUUCCAAUCUGCAGGACCGAUGUUCUACUAUGGAACGCUAUGAUCGGCGGGCUCGCAAUGCACGGGAUGGGAACAGAGGCGGUGCGGAUGUACAGAGAGAUGCAGGACGAGGCGGGCGUUAAGCCGGACGAGAUCACGUACUUAGCGUUGCUGAGCGCGUGCGCGCACGGAGGGUUGGUGGACGAAGCCCGGGGAUUGUUCCGGUCGCUGGUGGAGCUCGGCAUGGCGCCGCACGUCGAGCACUACGCUUGCAUAGUGGACGUGCUGUGUCGGGCGGGAAAAGUGCAGGAGGCCUACCAGUUGGUCUGCGAAAUGCCAGUUGAGCCGAGCGCCGCCGUCUUGGGUGCUCUGCUCAGCGGCUGCAGGAGCCAUGGGUGGGUGGAGCUUGGGGAGGUGGUGGGGAAGAGAUUGAUCGAGAUGGAUCCGGAUCAUGACGGGAGGUACGUUGGAUUGUCGAAUGUGUACGCAGUGGCGCGGCGGUGGGAGGAGGCUAAGCAGAUGAGGGAGACUAUGGAGAAGAGGAAGGUGAGGAAGGCGCCGGCGUGCAGCGAGAUUGAGGUGGGCGGCGGCGUGAGUAGAUUCAUUGUUCGGGAUAAGACUCAUCCUUCGACGGAGGAGAUAUACUCCAUGCUGGAGCUGGUGGCGCUGCAAAUGAAGAUAUAACAGGACAUCGACGGAGAUCCUUCUGGAGCUUUUACAGUAGAGCGACUGCUGUGACUGCUGGUUUCUUCGCUGCGGCGAACAGCUUGGAGUUGGUUCAACUGGUUGAACGAGAAACCGAAGAGCAAUCUCACCGCAAUUCCUCCAUGGACGGGACAUCCUGAAACCAGAGGGGGAUGGGCAAGCCAACUACACUGAUAAAUUUUGGAGAUUUCAUGAAUUAACCUUGCAUCCCGCCUAGAAUAGGAGAUAUGGAAUAGAAGAGUGAGUUGGAGGAAACAGCAGAUUUGAGAAUUAUUAUUUUGCUAGCUAUUGUUUUUACGAUGAAGACAAUCUUUGAACUCAAAAAUCUUUGUAAUAACUUUCUUUUGCCAGAUGCUUUUAUUUUUUAUUUAAUCAAAUCAUCCAAAUUAUUUGGAUACAAGUUGUGAUUUUAUUUUGUGAAACUACUGCU